AUGAAUGAGAAACCUGCAUGGCUAGAGAGGUUGAUGGCUGAGACAUUCUUUGGUGGUUGUGGGGUCCACCAGAAUCGCAGGAAGAACGAGAAGAACGUCUUUUGCUUGCACUGUUGCCUUAGCAUCUGCCCCCACUGCUUCCCUUCUCACCGCUCUCACCCUCUCCUCCAGGUGCGAAGGUAUGUUUACCACGAUGUGAUUCGAUUAGAUGACCUGGAAAAGCUCAUUGAUUGUUCCAAUAUUCAGCCCUAUACUAUUAACAGUGCCAAAGUAAUAUUCUUAAAUCAGAGGCCACAAUCGAGGACAUGCAAAGGUCCUGCCAACGCUUGCUUCACUUGUGAUAGGAUUCUUCAGGAACCAUUUCAUUUCUGUUCUCUAUCAUGCAAGGUGGAUUACAUGGUGUACGAGGGUCAAAGCUUGUCCAGUAUUUUGCAUCGAUUCGAUGAAUCUGACUUUGCAAUUUCGCAGUUCGAGGGCCUAAGGGUGGAUGGCUCAGAAGUAAUUGAUGAAGAUACCCAAAUUGCCCCUAGUUCCUCUUACUCCAACACUGAAGCCACCAGCAAUUCUGUAAUUUCACGCGAACCAAACAACAUGAAGAAGGGCAAAACCAACAGGUUCCUCCCUGGGAUCGUCCUCUCUCUUGGCAGCAGAAGAAAGGGUGCUCCUCAUAGGGCUCCUCUCUCCUAG